GAUGCACCGGCUGUUGCUCGCUGUGGUGGCGGCGGUGUGGCUGGCGGUCGCCCCCGGCUGGGCGGCGCGCAACCCUCGUGAGCCGCCCACGGUGGAGAUCCCCGGGCAGGGCGUAGUGGUCGGGCGGGAGGUGUCCGUCACCCGCACGCAGAAGUCCACGCUCUACCUCAACAUCCCCUUCGCGCAGCCGCCCGUCGGCAUCCUGCGCUUCGCCGCGCCCGUGACGAACCCGCUGCCGUCCUGGUCCACGCCCCGCAACGCCUCGGCGUUCGGCCCCGCCUGCCCGCAGAUAGUGGCCACACUGCAAGAGCAGGACCGCAUCCUCACCAACUUCCUGCUGGACAACGACCUGCAGACCAGUGAGGACUGCCUCACGCUCAACAUCUUCACGCCGGACGGCAACCCCCCGGCGGACGGCUGGUCCGUGAUGCUGUGGCUGCACUCGGGGGACUUCAUGACGGGCGCGGCCAGCCUGUGGGACGGCUCGGUGCUGGCCAUCCGCCAGAAGGUCCUGAUCGUCACGACGGCGUACCGCCUCAACGUGCUCGGCUUCUUCACGACCCUGGACGGCAACCUGCCCGGCAACUGGGGGCUGUGGGACCAGGUGGCCGCCAUAGACUGGGUCAAGGACAAGAUCGCGGCGUUCGGCGGCAACCCCAAGAACAUCACCCUCUUCGGCCACGGCGCCGGCGCGGUGAGCGUGGGGCUGCACGUGGUGUCCUCGCAGUCCACCAACUUUCAGGCGGCCAUCGCCAUGAGCGGCAGCGCCACCACGCCGCCGGGCGCCAGCUCGGGCGGCGUGCUCACGGACCGCAGCCAGGUGGAGGCCAUCCGCAAGCUGGCGGCGCGCUUCGACUGCCUGCCCUCCACGGCGGACGUCAUGACGUGCAUGCGCAACGUGCAGCCCGUCGGCGUGCUCGUCGAGUGGGCCAUCAAGUACGGCACCUACGGCCCCGUGGAGGACGGCAAGUACGCCAACACCACGCCGCCCUUCCUCUCCGACUCGCCCAAGAACCUGCUGGAGAUGUCCAAGAGGGGAGUGCCGCUGCUGAUCGGCUACACGGACAACGAGGACGCGCUGCUGAUGCGCAAGGAGCUGGAGGCGGGGCUGUCGCCGUCCAAGUUCGAGACGCUGCUGGUGGACGCCACCAUCCCGGACGUGCCGGUGCCCGAGACGGAGAACAACGAGACGUGCCCCAUCAACGGCGAGACCCUCGUGGACGCCGUCAGCUUCUACUACACCCCCGUGCCGCCCAGCGAGGACGGCGUGAUGCUGCGCCAGAAGUUCAUGGAGUUCACCACGGACAAGAAGUACGGCUCGCCGGCCUUCCUGCAGGCCUCGGCGUCGUCCAAAGUGGCGCACACCUGGAUGUACCGCUUCGACUACCGCCUCAAGACGCUGGGCGUCGGCGACGCGGUGCCGGACUGGGUCAACGUGCCGCACCAGUACGAGCUGCCCUUCGUGUGGGGCAUGCCCUACUGGACGUCGCUGCCGACGCAGGUCGUGUGGAACUCCCAGGACAAGAAGAUCGCCGACAUCGUGAUGGCGCUGUGGGCGAGCUUCGCCAAGACGCGCAACCCGACGCAGCAGAUCCAGGGCGGCGCCGUCAAGUGGGAACCCUUCACGGAGGCCAACCCCGGCGUCAUGGUGCUGGACAGGAACUUCUCCAUGACGGACACGUCCAACUUCGACUACAGGAGCUUCGCGUUCUGGAACAACUACUACCCCAAGGUGGUCGAGUCGCUGACGAGCUGCUGCAACCAGACGGCGGGGGCGUCGACGCACACCCCGCACUCCCUGCACUACGUCGUGGUGGUGCCCCUGGUGCUGCAGGCCAUGCCGUGGACGUGGACUGCCUUCGGCUGGCUGUGAACGCUUUGAACCCGGCGCAGCGCGCACAGCGCAGCGCGCACAGCGCAGCCGAGACGCCGCUGUCUCACAAAAAAAAAAGCAAGACGCUGCGUUCUCAAAACAAAAAACUUAAAAAAAAAAACUUACUACAAAAAAAGUGUAAUAUUUGGACAGACUUUUCUGUUCCAGCUGUGAAUAUGUGCGACCAUUUAUGUAUGUACUGCCAUACGGUCACUGUAAAGAUAUGAUUGAUCUUUAUUGUAGGAUAACUCUUGUGUUUACACGUUGUGAGUGCUCUUGAGUGUCAUUGUUGGUUUGAACUCGUAUCUUAAUGAAUGCCCAUUACAAAGGGCAGUUUGUGAAUUUGUUUUUUCCCAUGUGUAUAUUUUCUAAAACAAGUAGAGAAAAAUUCCAAGAGAUAAUUGUAACAUACAAAGGUGGUUCUUCAACACCAUUUUAGGAUAAAUUUAAAAAAUCUCGAUCUGCCUCCUAUCUAACAAAGAAAUUCUAAUAACACAAAUAAAACAGAAUGGAUAUUUAUUUACCCUU